ACUGGCGCAGGGGACACACCGUGACGCGCGCACCGUGGAUUGGGCUCACAAACGCGGUGUCGUGCCUCCUGACGUGAGCGAGCGAGGGACAAAAACAGGAAGUGUGAGAUGGCAGAGGUAUUCGGCGGAGUAGAAGGGGGGGGCAGUCACUCAGUGGCUCUGCUUGUCUCUGGAGAUGGUCGGAUCCUGUCUGAGACCCAGGGACCCUGCAGUAACCACUGGUUGGUGGGUGCAGACCAGUGCAUCCAGGUGAUCCACGACAUGGUUCAGAAGGCCAAGACUGAAGCCGGACUAGAUCCCCACACACCCCUGCGCUCCCUGGGCAUGUCCCUGAGCGGAGGUGAGCAGAAGGAGGCCAUUGACAAACUCAUCCAGGACAUGAAGGAACGCUUCCCCAGCCUCAGCCAGCACUACCUGAUCACCACAGACGCCGUGGGAGCCAUUGCUACAGCAAGUGACAAGGGGGGUGUGGUGCUCAUCUCUGGCACUGGCUCAAACUGUAAGCUGGUGAACCCAGGCGGUGCUACGGUGGGCUGUGGAGGCUGGGGUCACAUGAUGGGUGACGAGGGCUCAGCAUACUGGAUUUCACAUCUGGCCGUGAAGACUGUGUUUGAUGCCAAAGACAACCUAGCCCCGCCCCCUCAUGAUGUCACACAUGUGCAGAGGGCCAUGGAGGAAUAUUUUAAGGUGAGCGAUCUGAUGGGCAUGUUACCACACCUCUACACAAACUUCCAGAAGUCUUUUUUCGCUGGUUUCUGCAAGAAACUGUCUGAAGGUGCCCUGGCGGGCGAUGCCCUCUGUAAACACUUGUUCUUGGAGGCGGGGAGGGUCCUGGCCAAACACGUGGUGGCCGUCCUGCCUGCAGCAGCUGAGAGUCUGCUGACUGGUGCUCUGGGGCUGCCCAUCCUGUGUGAGGGCUCAGUGUGGAAGAGCUGGGAGCUGCUCAGACCAGGUUUCACUGAGGUGUUGUGUGACGCGGCAGCAUGGGAGCAGUUCAGAGGUCGUUUCCAUGGUUACAGCCUCCUGACCUUGCAGCACUCCUCAGCUCUGGGCGGGGCGAGUUUGGGUGCUCAGGCCCUGGGGUCCUCCAUCACAAUGGACUACUCAGCCAAUGCCAAAGUCUUCUACAGACACACCUUCAACAGCAGCCAGUGAGAAGAGAGAGGGGAAUCAUGUGCCUCUUACUGCAGCAAACUGUUGAAAAUGCACCUCCUCAAAGUGAGUGCGUCAUUCAGUCACAAAGCGCCUGCCCCGUACGACUGUGUGACAGGGAUGCCACGUUGGCAGUGGUGGAUUAUGGGUAAUGAAUGCCAAGUCUCUUUUGGAGUUUUUUUUUUUCUUAUAUCUUUAAAUGACAUUGCAGACAAUGAUUUAUCUUAAAACUGAGCAGAUUAAACAUGAGUGACCCCAACCUGGCACAGGGGUGAUAUUAAAGAGAAUAGAUCUAGUUUUCCCCUUAACUCAGUAUCUGGACACUUGGUUUACUUUGCACUUUCUUCUACCAUCAAAAAAGGUCCUUGGAGAUGCUUGUGAAAAAUAGACUUUAUUUUAUAAAGCCCUGUGCCUAUAAUGUUUACUGAUACUGACAGUUUAAAUGAUGUGAAACUGAUGAAAUUAUUCAUGUUCAGUUGUUGUAGCCACAUAGCUGCUAAAUAACUCAUGUCAGUGUAAUAAACACAAAAAUCAUUGA